CCUGCACACACAGAGAGAAAAAGGCUGUGCAAGGGGAGACUGGCCAGACAGAACAGAUAAGGAGAGAUAGGAUAAUUUCAGUAAAACAAGUAGCAUAUGCAACAAGGGGCAAGUGUUGAAGACAGACGUUCCAGAAUUCUGCCUCCUGACAGAGUGAUCCUGCCUGCUGUUUUGAUCCCACUUUCACUCCCUCCCUCCCAGCAAGAUGAUUAAUAACAAAUACUUGACUGAGUGCAAGUUGGAUCUAGAAGACUCUCAUUUGCAGGAGCCAGGAUCCCCCAUUCUCUUGCAGUCCACUGUCAACGUACCAUCCAAAGUGGACCCACGGAACCCACAUGGGAUCAACCAGCAUCUUAAGCUGGAAUUCUCUGACAUCCUGGCAGAACCUUCUUCGUUCCGCAGCUUUGACCGGGUUUGGACUUGGAGCGACAUAGUCUUUGAGAGCUCGCGCCUCUGGUGCUACCGCAUCAUCUCACUGCUGUGUGCCGUGCCAGUCUCCUUGUUCUCAGGCUUCCUCUUUGCCUGCCUAGGCUGCCUGCAUAUCUGGUGUGUGAUGCCCUGUAUCCAGCUGUGCACAAUGGCAAUGCCUCCAGUUCGCACCCUCUGGGCCAGUAUCCUGGAUGUUGUAGUGGCCCCACUUUUUACCAGCCUGGGCCGCUGCUGUAGUGCCAUCUACCUCACCAUUACUGAGAAGUGACACCGAGAUGCCCCCUCCCUCUAAGGCCUACAUGACAAAGACUCACCUUCCCAUUUCAUGAAGACCCACUGAAUAUGUUUGAUUUCACACAAGAGGAUAGAACUAACAGAGACCUUUUAACCUUGGGAUGGAAAAGUGGAGUCAGUGGCAGGGGUGGGGGGGAGCAGGCCCAGAGGGAAGAAAAGUGGGGAGACUGGAGGGAAAUGGUGCUCCAGGGAAGAUGUAAAUCAAAACAUCCAUAUUCUACUCUGAUUUCCACCACCCUCUGCCCUCAUUUGGCCAGAUCUGCAGACAGAAUUGCAGAUUCUUCUAGGAGCGGAUUCUCAAAUAUUCCUCCCCAUUUGGGAACUGGAAAUGUAUGAGUCCUGGCUUCCAGUCCAACUCUCCUCUGUUCCUUAAGAUUCUAGUCAGCCCAUGUAUCAAUUAAUAUCUCAGAGUCAGUUCAACUGAGGGAUGGGAAUCCUGAGGCCCCUCCAGAGGUUGCGACCUUCCCAUUAUCCCAUUAUUGGGAUUAGCCUUCUAACCUGACAAUUUGGGGUGUGUCAUUUGCACAAGGUGGGGGGGAGGAAAUGGGGCAACUCCACUCCCAGUGCUGGGCUCUGGGAGAACACAGUCACUUCUGGGGGAGCCAGCCUCCACCCUCUCCAGCCCCACCACCCCCACAACAAUAGCCAGGAUUUAAAAUUAUGUUAACCCCCUCCCAGCCCCCAUUUAAUAAAAGAAAAAAAGUUGGUUUGUCUCCUUUUGAUUCUGUCCAGCAAAACAGACACAAAUGAGAGCUACGAGGAAGGACAUGGAGAAAACAAAAGCUCUGUACGAGCGACCUUGGCUGCCUCCUCACAGAGGGAUUACGGGGAUCGGUGGCAGAUGUGUGGAAGUUAUAAGGACAUGA